ACUCGCACAUUAAACCAGGCUGGCAAGCUGCAGAAACAGCAUGCGUAUUCCGGGGGCAACCUCUGAGUUUUUUAGCCUGGGAAACCCCUGCCCAGAAUCGGCCUUUGGAAUGGAGCGACUGCAACCGGGAGACAAAUGUCUGGAGUGUCAAGGUGAAGGCAGGACUCACACGCUGCGCUACUUUUACAUUAAUCUAGAGGAGCAGCUCUUGAAGUGCGAGUCCAAGAGCUGCCUGUGGCCUCACAACGAUGAGGUAUCCUCUGAUGAGGAUCAGGAUUUGGAGGCAGCACUUCCCAUCAGUGCUCUACAAUCCAAACUCUUAGAAAAUCCGGUUCCUACGCUACCUUCUCAACCGGUUGCACUGUUGUCUAAACCUCCUCCAGAUGAUGACGACGAAUUUAUACUAGAAUUGCUGCAGCAAUUGACUCCUGCCACAGAACACGACUCGGUUGAACCGCCUCUUAAGGCAAAUGUGAGUCUUAGCUCCAUGCAAGAUCUGCACUCACCUUUAAAAGAAAAACCGUGCCCAGGACUAGAUCUUCCAGACUUAAGCUUUCUGGAGGAAAACAUUCCUGUAAACGAGGAACCCAAUCAAGCUUUGAAAUCCAAGCUAGAAAUACCUUUUACUCUCUUAUCCGGCAAAUUAGGGAGUUCGCCCAAGGCAAAAACUUCGCAAACUCAGGACACCGAAGAUAAACAGAAUGUGACUCCACCUAAGGUCUCUACGGCCCCAAGCCGGGAAUACCAACCUGAAAUACCUUUACUACCCGCGUGUGUGAAGGCUAAUGUAAGGACGCGUCCGCGCAUCAAUCCUAAGGGGACUCCCUUCAGCAGUCCGCCCAAAAAAGCAUCCACCCAACCGCAAAGUCAGUCACUAACACCGCCUGCUCUCAAUAUUAUUAUCAGUGUCCCGGAGUUGAACCCAGGGGUGAAUGGCAUGUUCCUAGACGCCAUUAAACGACAUUCCACAGUAGUCAAACCCUCGCUUCGUGGCGGAGGGAGACGCCCCAGGCGCUUGGCCAAAGAAACCACCAGCAGAGGCAUUCGCACACAGGAUGUAAUGCACUUGAUUGAGCAUUUAGAAACCACCACAGAAGCGAAACGUCCGACAUAAUCAUAAUCAGCUGGAAUUUACCUUACUCAAGUAUUCGAAAUAAAUUUGCAUUUGAAAUUAUGCAUGAAACCUG